AUGCUCGACACUGAUAUUUCAAUAGGUGCAUUAGUGUGUAGAUGUAUAAUUCAAAACUAUACAUCUGUCCAGAACAUACCCGCAUGAGCUUUCCCAUCCACCGAGCCAUUCUGCAAAUAAGCGAGGACGUUAAAGCUGACUAUGCUUUCUAACGCCUGAUGACUAAAGUUUAUGAAUGAAAACUUCAGAAUGGGGACAUAGUUUACGCAGUCUACCAGAACAAAUAGUAGAACUGUCUGUGUUUGUAAACAUGUGUAGUUAGCUCAAUCAAAACACUGACUUAAGAAUGCAUGACAGUGAAAGCAAUGUAUUUUCCAAAUGAAAAAAAAAUGCAACAAGUAUACAUGUGUACAUGUUACGUCAUAUCUUGAUAUCUGCCUGGCUGCCAAAAAAAGUUGUCUAAUUUGUUUUGAGCAUUCGUGUUUCUCCUUCGAUCAGGCUGACUAUACAAAGUCUGCCGACAUGACCUGUCCGUGUAUUGAAGGCAUGCUAGUUAUCAAUAGUGAUCGUUUACAAACUGUGUAGGCAGGGAUUGGGAAGGCCGGCUCUAGGAUGGAUCAAGUGUACGAUGCUAUUGUGGUAGGGGCAGGCAUUAUGGGAUGCUCAACGGCCUAUAACAUAAUAAAAACUGGACAGCGUGCAUUGCUUCUGGAACAGUUUCCUCUACCGCAUACUCGCGGGAGUUCCCACGGACAAAGUCGGAUUAUCCGGAAGGCUUAUGGAGGGGAAGGCGACCAUUACACAAAAAUGAUGCCGGAGGCGUUCAAAAAGUGGGCGGCGCUAGAACAGGAGACUGGAACAACUCUUUUUAAGCAGACUGGCAUCCUUUUUUGCGGAUCCGAGGGAGAAUCAUUUAUAAAAGAUGUACUGAAAUCGUUACAUAAGCAUUCCAUGCCAUUUACGUCACUGGAUUCGUGUGCUCUUGGGAAGAAAUAUCCAAUGCUUCGUUAUCCCAUGGAUACUGUGGCUGUAGAGGAUCCCUCCGGAGGAAUAUUGUUUUCAGACAAGUCACUUGCAGCAUUUCAGAAAGCGUUUAUCAAUCAUGGAGGCGUUCUACUCGACAACGAACCAAUGCUUGACGUGUACCCGGGGGACAUUGUGACUGUAAAAACAAACAAGGGAAGCUAUCGUGGUCGUAACCUGGUACUGACUGUCGGACCCUGGGCCACAAAAGUACUACCUUCCCUCGGGGUCCAUUUACCACUCAAGGCCGUGCAUGUCAACGUGUUUUACUGGAAGGAGAAGGUGCGUGGAACAUAUAGCGUGGGAAAAUGUCCGGUCGUCAUACAAGAACAUGGAGAUCGACACGACCAUUUCUAUGGAAUUCCAAGCUUCGAGUACCCGGGACUGUACAAGUUCUGCUGUCAUCACGGACCGGAAAUUGAUCCCGACAGACGGGAUGACGUGGACACAUCUUGGGUACUGGAGAAGACAAAAGCCUGUGUAGCGAACAAUUUUCCUUUGUUAGAGCCGACACCUGCAAUUAGAGAAACUUGUAUAUAUACGUUAGCACCAGACCAUAACUUUAUACUGGACAGACACCCCACAAUGAGCAAUGUCAUCAUCGGAGCUGGAUUCUCUGGUCAUGGUUUCAAGUUGGCUCCGGUGGUUGGCAAGUUACUGUGUGAACUUGUUAUGAACAAAACGCCAUCUUACGAUAUGUCUCCUUUUCGGAUAGAUCGAUUUUAUAAAUCGUCAAAGUUGUAGAUAUCAACUGAAUUAAGCAAUAUAGUGAGACAUCAUUACAAAAUUCAAGUGAAAUACAUUUGCUUAUUUAAUUGGAAGGUAAGUUGAUUAUAUGUAGAUCAUCACCACACUUGAUCCUUGAACAUACACAGGCAAUAUUCCUUCACGUGAAUUUCACGUGAAUUUCACGUGAAAAGGGCAAAAAAGUGAAAUUCACAUGAAAUUCACGUGAAUUUCACAUGAAUUUCACAUGAAAAAUUUCACGUGAAAUUCACGUGAAGAAAUAUUGCCUGUGUAGGAUAUGCAUAUCUUGGUCGAUUUGUUCAAAAAGUGACUAGCUCAUUCACUUGAUAAGUUAAAAUCUCAUGUUCCCUUUACUUCAAACCCUGGGAGUAUGUAUUCUUUAACAUAGACGGAUAGGAAGAGCCUGGCGAGUGUUAAAGUUUCAAUAAAUUUAAAGAAGUUAGCUUUACCAGAAAAUAUUUUAUCAAGAUUUUGAAAUUGCUAUUAAAUUAUGAUAAGUCUAAUCACCUUUUAAACAACUGGGCUAUGAUUAUACAUAGCGGGAUAAGUAUGUAAACAUGAGUUACUUUAACAUUAAUUAUGUUGCGGCUUCCCCAAGUAAUGGGAGUUUUCCUUCUAAUGUCAAAAGGACAAAUGCCUUCUCUACUGUUAAAAAGAAAACAUUGUUUUAUUAAUUUGUUGAUUUCCGUAUGUGUCUUAACAACGUAUACCGUUUACAAAAUUUAAAAAAAAAAAUCUGAUUUGUGUCAUGAUUAACGAGUAAAAUAUUUUCAAAUUAUU